AUUAUUUAUUAUAUUUAAAAAUUACAAUUUUAAGGAUAUUAUUACUAUUUUAAAAAUAAUUAACCUAAUGGGACAUAAAGUAUAUGAGAUUAGUCUAAAGUGACAUAGUUAUCAUUUUUUUGCUCUAAAAAAAUAAUUUUCCCAAGAAACAAAGGUAUAUGGCAAAUUAUAUGAGCUUUUGGAUGCAUUCUUACCAAUUUCUCAAAAAAAAAACAAUCUUUAAAUUCCUGUUGUAGUCCAAAAUUUUUAUAAGAAAUAAAGUGAGAAAAAUCCAGUUUUGAACAAAAUAAAUUAAAAAUGAAAUCCAGAAAGUAUCAUCAACUCGUGUGUAAUGACACCAUUAAUAAUAAUGACGACAACACCCUUUGGAAAAUAGGAAACCAAUCUAUGAGGGAGUCACUCGUCAUUAACUGGAGGAUAUAAUAGUAAAUUACGAAACAUAAGAAAUCAAUAUAUUGCCAACAAUAAAGAGGAGAGCCUGCCUCAAUUUGCAAAAAGGAGGAGAUAAACGUUUUACAGAAAAUCACAGAAUCAUUUUCCCGGGAGGAAUCUACGACGUUCACAAAACGUUCCGUUCGUCUCUCUCGUCGCCGUUAUCCUUUGUCACGAACGAUUGAGAAGGAGCAUCUACGACGGAACUAAUCUCAGCUUCGUCAUCGUUAUUUUCACGAGUUUGUCCUUUUGUUUUGUAUAAUCUUUUUCUCGUUUGCUAGAUUAGUUACGAUUUCACAAGACUUUCCUUCUUCGAAAUCUAAAUCAAAUUCGAUUUUUUUACGUAAGCGUUGACGGUAUCCUAAACGUUUGAUCUCUUCUACAUUCUAAAGUAGAAAUGGCUAACCAAGGCGGGCCAAGACGGAGCUUAUCUAUAACGACUUCGUCAUUACAGAGGAAGAGAUCCAUGGAUAUCAGCGAACGUGGUCUCGACGUUGGUCGGAGAUCUCUUUCUAUUUCACGUUCGCCUAGGGGUUUUACAGGAGGAGAGCGAACUGUUAAACGUUUAAGGCUAUCGAAAGCCCUUACUGUACCUGCAACGACGACUGUAUAUGAAGCUUGUAAAAGGAUGGCUUCUCGCAAAGUUGCUGCCUUAUUGUUGACCGACUCUAAUGAAAUGCUUUGUGGGAUUCUUACUGACAAGGACAUAGCUACAAGAGUGAUCUCACAGGAAGUUAAUGUGGAGGAAACGCCUGUAUCCAAGGUUAUGACUAGGAACCCUGUGUUCGUUCUUUCGGAAACACUUGCUGUUGAAGCCCUCCAAAAGAUGGUCCUAGGAAAAUUCAGACAUCUGCCUGUAGUUGAAAAUGGGGAAGUUAUUGCUUUACUAGAUAUAGCAAAGUGUCUGUAUGAUGCGAUUGCUCGCAUGGAGAGAGCAGCUGAGAAAGGUAAGGCCAUUGCUGCUGCCGUUGAAGGUGUUGAGAAAAGUUGGGGAACUAACACUUCAGUUCCCAACACUUUCAUUGAAACGCUACGAGACCGGAUGUUUAGACCUUCUUUAUCGACGAUUAUACCAGAUGAUACAAAAGUUUUGAAAGUCUCACCAACCGAUACAGUCUUGACUGUAGCAAAGAAGAUGGUUGAAUUUCAAUCAAGCUGCGCAGUCGUGAUGAUCGAGGACAAGCUUCGAGGGAUAUUUACUUCCAAGGAUAUACUGAUGCGAGUUGUCGCUGAAAAUCUUCCUCCAUCUGAGACUACAGUGGAACAGGUUAUGACUCAGAAUCCAGAAUCUACCACAGUUGAUACACCAAUCGUUGAAGCUCUGCACAUCAUGCACGAGGGAAAAUUUCUACACCUUCCUGUUACUACUGACAAAGACGGAGAUGUAGUUGCAGUUGUUGAUGCUGGUACUACUGCGGGAAUAGGUAAUGAGGCGACAAACACAAUGAUGCAAAAGUUUUGGGAUUCGGCAAUGGCAUUGUCUCCUAAUGAUGAAGACGAUGACACGAGAAGUGAGAGCUCCUUGAAAGUUGCUUCUGAGGCUGAUACAGGAAAAUCUUUACCUUUUGGAUAUAUGUUUUCUUUCAAGAUCGAAGACAAGAAGCACAGAAUGCACAGAUUCAUAAGUGACACUCGUAGUUUGACAGAAGUGAUAACCGCGAUCCUUCAGAGAAUAGGGAAUGAUAUUGAUCCAGACAACCUACCCCAAAUUUUGUAUGAAGAUGAAGACCAUGAUAAAGUGUUGUUGGCUUCAGAUAGUGACCUUCAAGCAGCCAUAGACCAUGCCAAAUCAAUUGGCUGGAAGAGUCUGAGAUUACAUUUGGAUGGCUCAAGAGAAGGCAAAGGAAGAAGAAGAGCAUCAGGAUCAGAAGCAACGGAGUAUGUAGAGAGAGACGCUUGGGCUGCUGCUUACAGUGGAGUUGCGGCUGGUGCUGCAUUGGUAGCUGGUCUUGGUUUUAUGGCUUUUCUCAAAAAAAUCCGACGCUGACUCCAAAACAAGACAAUUAUAUUCUCUUACAUAUCGAUACAAACAAGAAAGAGUGUCAUGCAACAGAAAACAGACAAGAGGUUUUGUCUGAAACAUAUUAUAUACUAACGCUAAUCUUUAAGAUUUUCUGCUUUGUUUCAUGAAAUCAAAAGAACAAAAUACCUAAAA